GAGCAUGACGACGUGGGUUUACAGGUGCUGGUGGCGCUGCGGAGGGCGGGGUUACAGUCAGCGAGGAUAGAGGGAGGAAAAAAGCGAGAAAGCAGAGAGAGAGAAAAAAAGACGGCGGGGAUGUGUAUGUGUGUGUGCGGUAAUCGGCGCUGCGGGUACAGUUAGAGCCGGAUCCAGCUUUCCCAAGCCGCCCCAGUCCACGGGAAGACCACCUCCCCGUCGCCCCAGAGACAGCCUCUCCCCUCCCGUGAUGUCCGGCGGAGAGGUCCGUGUCCUCCGCCAGGAGGCCGGGCAGGAGAGCCCGAGGAUGCCGGCCUGGAAGCGAGAGAUCCUCGAGAGGAGGAAAGCGAAGGGCGGCGGGUCUGGAGGAGGAGCGGCAGCAGGUGCCGCGGAGGUUUGUCCCGGUGCGGGAGCGCAACGGGUUAACGGCGAGGUAACGGCGACCGGCGGCGGCGGCGGUGUCAGGAGAGACGCUGGGACGAGCAGCGGGUCCAGCGCAUCGCGGAACUACACCAUCACCACGGCCAGCCAGCACUUUGCAAGCAAACGCGGCAGCCUCGCCUCCCCGGAUCUGUCGCCGGUGAGAACGAACAACAAAGAGCCGUGGACCGCCGCCGAGGCGCACGACCCCGCAGAGAGGACCGGGAGGGAUGGCGACGGGCAGGAGAGUUUGGUUCUGCAGGACAGUUUAGGCCCGCUGCAGGAAAACCCUUUCAUUAAACUGGAGAAGGAGCGGAAGAGACGACAGGACCGAGAAAACGCCGCUCGUCCGGUGCCGCACAUACUGGAGCUGUACGGCAGCGUCCCCGGGAUACGGACUAUCCGCGCGGAGAAUAUUAUUAUCAUUGAGUCUGAUCCGGACUACUUUACGGAAGCCAGCGGUUUGAAAGCCGGGUCCAAACUGCAGCAAAAUGGUGUGAGUAGUUAUAGCUCUCUGAACGACCUCUUGGACCGGAGAGGCAGCGCAGUGACCGAGAUAAGAGCCAAGGAGGUGGUAAUUUAUGACACCACGUUAAGUAAGAGCGAGGAGAACUUGAGCACCCUGGGUCGCCCUGAUGAGGGCCCAUCAUAUGCGACAGGUGCGGGUCAAGGCAGGGUGAGUCAGAUACUGCAGAAGUUUGACAGCAACUAUGGAAAGCUGCAGAAGAAAUCUCGCAGCACAGAGAACCUGCUGGAUUUGGAGAGCAGCUCCAGCAGCAGGCCGAGGCUCCGGCCCAAACCACAGCCAGAUCUGGUGCCAAAGCACGUGUUGCACCCUCAGCCGGGCUCACCGGUGCGCAACCUGGGCAGCACCCAGCCAUCACCCGUCUUCCAGAGCACCCAGUCUUCCAAACCAAAGCCACAGCCAGCUGCCUCUGAGACAGACGGCCCCCACCGCCCUGCUGGGCCGCCUCAGUCAGUGUCUUCCUUCCGCCAGCGUUUUGAGGGGGGCGGUGGCCGUGGUGUAGUUGUCAUUUCCCGAGAUGAAGCAGACAGGGGGCAGCCCAGGUCCCCCAGGGAGAGAGACUGGGAAAGCACUGAGGUGCCCCCGAAACCCAAGGUGCCAUGCUCUCCAGAGACCAGCCGUGCCCGUGCCGAGUCCCCCACAAACUUCAUCUCCUCCAAGGCGUCACACCCCUCCCCUGAGUUUGAGAUCCGCCCCUCCCCCAAGCCUGACCUCUCUCGGAUCCCUGAAGGGGACACCCAGGCCCGGGCCCUCGCUAACCUGCGCCUGCAGUCCCGCAACUCCUUCACUGUAAUUCCCAGACGCCACUCCGCUGCCCCAGCUACUCCGGGCAGCUCAGCCCCCUCUGUCACUGUCAUGUCCCCCCCGUCCCACAGAGCAGCAGAGGUGCCCAUGCCAGGAGUGCCAACCUCCCACACCCCUACACCCACUUCAGCGUCGUCAAAGAUGAACCAAGAGAAAGUGCGGGAGGAGGAGAAGCCAGCGAGGCCGCUCGCCAAGCCUGACCUGCCUCCUUCUGUCACCGCAACUCCUACACCACCGUCCACCCCCACACCUUCACCCCCCUCUCCAACUCUGACCCAAGCCCCUUCCUCUCCGCCUGCCUCACCCGCAGUCUCCACUCCACCUGCCCCGUCUCCCAUCCGCUCUGCCUCUCCUGCCCCAUCUCCAUCCCCUGUCCCUGCUUCCCCCGCUCCAGAGGAACCUCCUGCGGAACAGCUGCCAAUCACCAACAUAGAUGAUUUUGAAGUGGAGCCGCCCCGUCCCGUUCCAGCUCCCAGCCCUUUGAUGCAGAAGAGAAAGGGCAACACCUUCACCGUGGUACCUAAACGCACAGCCGAGCACCAGGCGAAGCCAGACUCAGUCGAGCCGCCCCAGGAUGCCUCAGGUGAGGCCCAGCCUGGCACGACUCCCCCACAGGCUCCAUACGCUCAGCUGGGCUCCCUGCUGAAGAAACGUUACCCUGCUGCCGAGGAGAUCGAGGUCAUCGGCGGGUACCUCUCUCUUGGAAAGUCAUGCCUCACCAAGACGGGCUCCACUGGCAAGAAGCUCAAGAUCUCGUUUAAUGAGUCGAGCCUCCAAAGCACCUAUGAGUACCCGUCGGAGAGCAGCGUGUGGGACAGCGGGGAGGAGGACGAAGAGGAGAGCGGCAAGCGAGAGGAGACGGCGGCCGACGAACAGCCCAGUAUGGUGGGGCGCAUCCACAUCCCUCAUCCCAGUUUCACCAGUUCACCCACUCACACGACCAACAGCACUGAUCUAUCAAGCUACAUUCCCAAGCACUCGGUGGAUUUCAACGCCUGGCAGGAACACAAACUUGAUGACCCAGUUUACCAGAGCGAAGCCAAUUCCCAGCACACACAGAUGUCGGAGGAAGUUAUGCUCACACCAGCAGACAGCUCCUCUCUCUCUGACUUCAGCAGCGAGCCUGCUCUUUACUUCUGAUUCGUCGGGACCAAACAGCUGCUCCGUACAACCAGCCAGUAGCACAGCGACGGGACCAGACUGCUGCCAGACUUGAGCCUACAGUGCUUCACCUCAACACUCCGACCGGCUCACUUUCCUCAAAUCGGGCGGGAAACAAACAGGUUUUUAUUCAUCCGUCGGACACGGUGGCUGACGGAUUCCAAAAUCCGCCAGGCGUUUUUUUGUUGUUUCACCAGUCUUAUGCAUUUUUAAAAUAGGAGGGACCUCUGAAUGAUGGCUGACGACCUGCCACCAUGUCACCACAUGCCACUUGCCAGUCACGAGGGAAAAUAUCUCGGCAUGUGGCUGAUGGCUAGUGCUAAUUUCCCACUCUGCUCUUGACACGCUCCUUUUUGGUCGACACCAAGACAUCAGUCAGCGAUUACAAAUCCAGCUAUUGUGACUCCGAAAGCAGCAGGACUGUCUUUUUUUCCCGCCACCCUGGACAGUUGAUCUGUCAAUCUCCCUACUAAUUCAGCUCAACCCCUUCACUGACUCGCUCAUUGUUAGUGGAGUCUGAACAAGAUACCUGUCAGGAUCAAAUUGAUUGUCAAAAUCCGGAGUGGAGACUCCCGCGUCCGAAAUCGUGUCCUUCUCGAGGCUUGACGGACUCUGGCUGCGGAGAGCCUCGACUGUCUUGAUGUCUUUUUUUUUGCAUCUCCCUCCGCCAGUUUGUGUCUCCGUGUUUCAUUCAGGUUCAGGAGAUGCAGAGUUGGCGGAGACCGACUCGUGAAAGUGAGUGACCAAAUUCCUUAAAGAACAGGAAGCCACCAGUGCCCAUCAGUAGGUAACGCCAUGGUGACGGAGCUCAGUGUUAGCAUGGAAACAUGUCAUUCGGACGUCGUCCAAACGUCGGCCCUGGAGGACGCGUCUGCUCAAGAAGAUAGCAGACACACACACACACACACACACACACACACACACACACAAAAGACUUAAUGGUGAAAGGGUGCCACAAUUGUAGUUCUUUGUCUUGUUUUUGUACCUGCAUGUUCUGAUUUCAACCAGCAACUCAGUUGGUUCUUUUACUGUAAUGCUUCUAUGCCUUUUAGUUUUUGUAUGUUUUCUGGCGAUCUAUGCUGUAUUCAAGCUGCUGGACUUUGUUAGAAGCUAGCAAAAUUUAGUCUAAUGACAAGCAAACUUCAACACCGUUUACCGUGCGAUCGGGGUGAAUAAAACCAGGGGCACGGGAUAGAUUUACACGAGUCAUCAGCAAAGGAUUAUUUCUGAUUAAAUGCUUGAAAAGUGACCUUGGCCAAUAAUGUCUGUAUGUCAAUAUUACUGGUAAAAAAAAAAUAAAAAUAUACAUAUGUACGUACAGCAAAAUAUCAAAUGUACACUGUAGAAUGUUUCUGUAUAUCCUUGUUAUUCCUCUUGAAACAAUCAAGGUAUCCAUAUCGCAUUAUUGGGCUGUUUCACGAAAGGUAUUGGGCCUCCCGACGCCUUUCUCUGGCCUCUCAUUAAAGGUUAUUGUAUUUAUUUCUGCGUAAAAAGUUGAAGUUUGCAUGUCCGAGAUCAGCUAAUGUAAAAACUUUUUUGUACGGAUAAAUUGCUUGUAUGGAAGGAACCGGAAGGGCGGUUUUUUUUCCAGUCGGACCUCAUGUACUUUCACAUUCCACAGAGUAAACCUGGUCCAUCGAGUAAUGAAGGCAACGUCGAUCAUGAUCAUUCAUCAUAUGGCAUGUUUGUGUGCGCGAAUGCAAGAUUGUGUGUGUUUUGAAAGAUUUAAGAUUAUGUAAUCAAAAAAAAAAAAAAAAAAAAACAUUGUUUGUUUUUUUUUUUUUAAUUUGUAAGACUUUUUUGUAUACCGGAUUGCACCAAGUUUCCAAGAAAAGCUUUUUUUUUUUUUUUUUUUUUUUUUUUUUUUUUACUCAUAAUGCCAAUUGAAUAAAGUGUUGUUGUCACGGCCACUGCUCAUAUUCAUUCUUAUCACUCCCAGAUUUACUCUUUGGCCAGUAUUGAUGUACAGUUUCAAUAUCCAACCAUGAUAUUUUCAUAAAAAAUUAUUUAUUGCUUAUGUCUAUCAUUCAUUUUUUAUUUUUCUCCAAUCAAAUGAAAUUGGUUUGGGUUGAGUCAUGAAGGAUGCUAUUAGGAAAUGAUACACUUUGUCUAUAUCAGAAGGAAUUAGAAAUACACGUUUCCUUGGGAGUCUUCUGUGUCGAGGUUCUUUUGAUUUCACUUGCACUGUCAUUGUUUUAGCUUUGUUUUGCACCUCAUGAGGAGGAAGAGAGUCGGCGAUAGACGAAAAUGUGCACUUGAAAGAGCGAGAUGUCCGGUUGAAGAAUUUUGUUCCAAAGUCAGAUAUCCACUGUUACAAACGCACGACAGCCGGCGUUGUGAUACGACUGAUUGUACAAAAUCAGGUAGCUACCAGGUAAAUUGGGAUUCAAAUCUUUGGUUGACAAAGUAACAUCUUUCAAACUGGACUUGACUCUCUGGAGACUGGAGAGACAUUGAAUAUUGAAAUGUCAUUGUUUUUAUUUUUUAAUUUUUAUCAAUGAAGGAAUAGCAUUUUGGAAUAUAAUUCUUCAACUGUAGAUCACGAAUGCACUGCUGAUGAAUGCCAUGUCCACUUUUUAAGUUUUUUUUUUUUUUUUUUUGCCACAGCCUUGCUUUGAAAAUCUCAGCGAUUGUUGGCCUUGUUGCUGUGACCAUAACUGUAGCCUCCUGUAGUUUUCAACACAGAUCCAAGCUGGGUUUAGCCCCGAGCAUCUUCUUUGUCACGGAAGAUGAUUUCUCCAAGUUCUUUUUGCCUUUUGAGGUGAUUCGUAACCCCCUAACCCAACUCUUUGGCUUCCGAUGGUCUCAGCAAAAUCAGUUGAAUGGAUUUAAAGGAAAACUCCCUACUGUGUCAUGGUUCGCCCAGACGGCUGCCACAAGUUUGAAUAACGCUGUAAAUGAACAGAACCAGACUCACAAUGUUAGAACAUCCAUUGCAAUGGGGACUGGGAUGCUCCUCUUAGUGAUGCGGUCGCCACGGUAACACAUCAGCUGUCACGUGUUGACUCGCGUGUGCCCAAAUUGACUCCUGUUGGGCGUUUUCAAACUUUUUCGUGGCAGCCGCUGUAAGUGAACCAGCCAAACGACCUUUGAAGGGGGCAGAUGUCAGCGGGAAAAUCGCCGUCUGUCUUUCCCGAGGGAUCAAAAAGGGCCAGAGUUCGGCGGUUGGGACGUGCCAGCGAUCGUUUUUACUUUGUACCAGCAAGAACUUUUAACGACGGCCAUUACUUUUUGGGAGUAGAGACACACUUGAAUGAUUGCUUCUGAAGUGUACACAGGGAGGUCAGAAGCGGCCGCCCUCACUCUCUGCCUUGGAUCGCAGUAUUUUCCUGUCUAUUCCUGUUGAAAAGUGAGCAGUCUGUGUAUGUCAUACUGUAGCAACUGUGGUAGAGGCUCCAUCUUGUACUCUUUUUUUCUUCCUCGUCUGUAAAUCUACAUCACAAGAGAUGUGCUUACUGUAAAGUUAUUGUCAAUGAUUUGGGCAAAAAAAGUGAUGUCACACUUGUACAAAUAAAGGUUCAAUAAGUAAAUAAAGACUUGAAUAUGCGUGAAUACUA